GGCCAGCUUUAUGAAUCCAUGUUAGUGUAUCUAGCUUGGCUCUGGUGCUCUAUCAAGGAAUUUUAAAGCAUGCCUUUCGAUAAUCAUUUUUGAAAUGAAACUGAUGCAUAAAUCCUUUUCCUUGUUCAUUCAACAUAAAGCAUGUUCCAGGGAUAAAAAGAGAGCAUUGGUGGCUACAAGAUCAGCCACUCUAUCUCGGUGAUCAAGGAGAAUGCCAGGAAAGUAAUUAAAAAAAAUCAGAAAAAUAAUAUCUAAAAUAUGUUGCCUACAAAUAAGGGUGAAGGUAGAGAAUUCAAAGCUGUAGAAGAGUCAAUGAGAUGAACCUGAUAUUAGGCUCCUGAGUCAUUGACAAUUUUCAAAUAUUUUGGCUUCUUUAAGCGUAGUUCUGAGAUUAGUCACGUAGAUGUUCAAUUGCUGGAAAUUGGGUUGGAUUAACAUAUCAGCCUAACUUUGAUGAGGCACCAUUCAGAUUUGAAGUGAAUCCAACCAACUUAUGAAGAAGGAUUUUCAAAGGGAAAUUGUCAAAGCAGCAGAGACGUUUACAGCAAUGGGUUAUAAGCAUAUUGAAGCAGGAACGAAGCUUUCUGAGGAUUGCUGUAGAUAUGGAGCAGAGAAUAGCAGUGACAACAUAUUGGCUAAGGCUGCAUCAGUAUAUGGCGAUGCUCGCAAACAUGUUGAAAAGGAGCAAGAAGAAUUCAAUCAGCUUUUGUCUUCACAGGUUUUAGAUCCCUUAAGAUCAAUGAUCCAUGGUGCACCUUUGGAGGAUGCUCGCCAUCUUGGUCAGCGAUAUAGUCGGAUGAGACAAGAAGCAGAGACGCAAAGGGAAGAGAUAUCUAGAAGACAAGCACGUGUAAGAGAGGCUCCAACUGCUGAAAAUGUUGCAAAAUUGCAUGCUGCAGAAGCAAAGAUGCAGGAGCUAAAAGCAAAUAUGGCUGUUCUGGGUAAAGAAGCUGCAGCUGCAUUGGCUGCUGUCGAGGCACAACAGCAAAGAUUGACAUUCCAGAGACUUGUUGCCAUGGUUGAAGGGGAAAAAACUUUUCAUGCAAGAGUUGCAGCCAUUCUUGGUGAAAUUGAAGCUGAGAUGGUUUCAGAGAGACAGAGGAAAGAAUCUGCCCCUCCAGUGGUUUCUGAGAAUGGCUCCACAAAAACAAUGUAUUUCUUGGCUGAAGUAAUGCAUCCAUUUACUGCUACAGCAGAUAAGGAGCUGAGCUUGGCAAAGGGUGACUUUGUUGUUGUGCGAAAGGUGACCGCAACGGGAUGGUCAGAAGGAGAAUGCAAUGGAAGAGCAGGGUGGUUUCCUUCAGCAUACGUGGAGAAACGCCAGAGAAUUCCCUCCACCAACAUGCCUGGUGAAGUUUACUAGGUGCUUAUUUCUUGUGUCCUCAUAACUUCUGUUAGCCAUCCCUUUGGGUGUCUUGUAUUAUUGCUUGCUUGGAGAUGAGCAAGUAGGUUGGGGAUUGCAGAGGAGAAUGGAGCUUAGAUUGAAGUGUUAUUCUUUCAUUAGUGUGAGUGAGUUUGCAUGAGGUGUCAAGCUCAAACUUUCACUGUCUUGUAUUAAAGGUUGUUCUUCGUUAGCAUCUCCCCUUGCAUCAUAGCCCAGACACCUUUUUUUUUUUUUGGUUUUUCUUUUGCUGUAAUUGAUUCAGUGUAUUUGUAUUUAUUGAAGCCAAUUUCAAACAAAAAAGCUAGUUCUAGGUCAUUUAUCAGGGUAAUUACUUGAGCUUUGAGAAUCUGGUUAUAUGUAGAAAGAUGUAGAGAUUUA